AUGGACGCCCAGAGCUCAACCAGAGGCAGUGCAAGGAAGAGGAGGAAGGAGGCAGCCGGGCCCAACGGAGCAACAGAGGAAGGUGGAAUUCCUUCCAAAGUGACCCGCUCUGCAGUUGGCUUAAGGGAGCCAGCUCCUUUUUCUGAUGAAAUUGACCUUGAGUGUAGUAAGCCCUAUGUCCGAGUAACCAUGGAAGAGGCCUGCAGAGGAACGCCUUAUCACCGGCCUGUGAGAGUUUAUGCAGAUGGAAUAUUUGACUUAUUUCACUCUGGUCAUGCCCGAGCUCUGAUGCAAGCGAAGAACCUUUUCCCAAAUACAUACCUCAUUGUGGGAGUCUGCAGCGAUGAGCUGACGCACAACUUCAAAGGCUUCACAGUGAUGAAUGAAAACGAGCGCUAUGACUCGGUGCAGCACUGCCGAUACGUGGAUGAGGUGGUGAGGAACGCCCCCUGGACCCUGACACCUGAAUUUCUGGCCGAACACCGGAUUGAUUUUGUAGCCCACGAUGACAUCCCAUAUUCUUCUGCUGGGAGUGAUGAUGUUUAUAAGCACAUCAAGGAAGCAGGCAUGUUUGCACCAACACAGAGGACAGACGGUAUCUCCACGUCAGAUAUCAUCACUCGAAUUGUCCGGGACUAUGAUGUGUACGCUAGACGGAACCUGCAGAGGGGCUACACAGCCAAGGAGCUCAACGUCAGCUUUAUCAACGAAAAGAAAUACCACUUGCAGGAGCGGGUUGACAAAGUAAAGAAGAAAGUGAAAGAUGUAGAGGAAAAGUCAAAAGAAUUUGUUCAGAAGGUGGAGGAAAAGAGCAUCGACCUCAUUCAGAAAUGGGAAGAGAAGUCGCGAGAAUUCAUUGGCAGUUUCCUGGAAAUGUUUGGCCCAGAAGGAGCGCUGAAACAUAUGCUGAAAGAGGGGAAAGGCCGGAUGCUGCAAGCCAUCAGUCCAAAGCAGAGCCCCAGCAGCAGCCCGACGCAUGAACGCUCCCCCUCGCCCACUUUCAGAUGGCCCUUCUCCGGCAAGACUUCCCCACCUUCCUCUCCAGCAAACCUCUCCAAGCACAGGGCUGCUGCCUGUGACAUCAGUGAGGAUGAAGAGGACUAG